AUGAUGAGAAGUAUGACCGAAUUGACAACAUUUGAAGCACUGCACCACCGAUAUAUGGUCGGUCACCUUGCAUCUAGUCCACAACAGGUUGACAGUCCAGAAAAAACUACUGGACUUCUGGAGUCGCCUCCAACACCCAGUUCAGAUGAAAGAGGUUACGCCAGCGAUGAAUUGAAGCAACUGAAUUUACCUCUAUCAUCUGGUGGUCCAGAGGGAAUAUGCAAAACCAUUCGGCCAUCUCCUGGAUUCUGUAUCAAGACAAAAGACAAUGAGGAUGGAAAAGUGUUCUUAAAUGUCUGCCAUUCUCCAGAGUUACCAGAACCUCGUGAAAUUGAUGAGGAUUUACUAGUCUCUAUACUUAAUUCGGACGAUCCCACUACCUAUCGUAUUCCUAUGAGUCUGGGUGAAUGUCGAGAAGAUAAAGAUAAAGGUGGCCAGACUUGUUCAGUUUAUGAUAUUGUUAUCAAUAGUGAUUACUAUAAAAAAGUUACUAAUAGCAAAGUUUUCAAACAGUUUUUAAUCACUGUGUGUUUAGAUGGGAUUGAAGACAAAUAUCAUAUUUCUGUUGAUAAAGAAUGUUAUGUUAUUUUAAAGAAUAAAAAGUAUCAUGGAUCAAUGCCUGUGCAUAAUAUUAAAUUGCGUCCAAAGACAUUGGUUACUGAAAUCGAGGAAAGUAUGCAAAAAGAAGAUAAUACAGACAUCAAUCACCAUCCAGAAGUAUUACUGAAGGAGAAAAUUCCUUCUUACAUAAUUAAGAAAGAACCUAUCCAUGACUUUCCACAGAAGUUGUUGUGUGAAAUAGAUCUCCCAAAAGUGAAAAACAGCAAUGACCUGACCUUGUACAUUGGAGAAGAUCGAAUAAUGUUGAUUGACAAAGAUGACAUUUAUCACCUGGAUUUGUUUCUGCCAUAUUUUGUUGACCCAGAUCAGAUCCGAGCCAAGUUUUUUAUCCAAAAAAAGAAACUGAAGAUAAAGAUUCCUGUUGUCUCUUUCAUAAAGUGAAGAUUGAGAUGCCAAUUAGAAGAAAAAAAGUUGAAAGCUGUUCAUUGAAGCCAAGUGGUAGCAGAUGACCAUCAGGUGUUCAUUUAUUACACCACAAA